GGUCGCCCCAGCUCUGUGUUGCUGCGUGCUUGCUGCUGUAAUCUCCAAGGUUAACUUUGCACAAGACAAAGAACACGCUUUGGCAAUUGCCCUGUGAAGAGAACAGCCAUAGAGCUGGAAUUGAAGUUGUUUUCAAGCAGGUGCAGAUCUGCACGCAGUGAAGAAGAGCAUUCACACUGAAGCAUCAUGCAGGAGAACAACAUGGAUCAGCCCACCUCAUUAUCACAGCUUUUACGGGAGAGUUACUUGGCCGAAGCAAGGGCUCAUCACAGACACAGUGAGUCCAGCUGCAUUGACUUGCCACGACGCCUAGUCUACGGGACUCUCAAAGAAAAAAUGGAUGAUUCUGGUGGGAAAGUUGAACCUCACUCCCCGGAUCUAUCUGCCUUUCUGAGCCAAGAAGAACUGGACAAGAGCGUUGAUCUGGCAUGCAAAGCCAUCAGUGAUGAUCCAAGAGAAUGUGAGGAGAGACCCAAUGGACACCCACAAGUUAGCCAUUACAAUGUUCCUCCUGAGACUGAGAUGGUGUUGGAAAGACCAUCAAUCCAGCCUUCCAUCCAAGACAACACAUUUGGGAACAUAAGAACUCCCAAAGAACCUCCACCAGACUUCAAAAGGCCUUUGAGAAACACUCCAUUUGGCAUGGAGACCCAAUCCAAGAAGGAGUUCCUCAACAAAGCAGCUGACUUCAUAGAGGAGCUUUCUUCGCUCUUCAAGGCCAGCAGUUCCAAGCGAAUUCGGCCUCGUACGUGCAAAGCCCAUCGGAGCAGAUGCCAGAACAAAGGCCAACUUGAUGGCACCCCAUUCACCAUUAAUACAGAAGAUAGAGAAAGGUCUAUUUUCAAUAGCCAACAGUUGGAGGAGCCGACAGAGUUUCAACAGUUGGAGGAGCCGACAGAGUUUCAACAGUUGGAGGAGCCAAUAGAGUUUCAACAGUUGGAGGAACCAAUAGAGUUUCAACAUUUGGAGGAGCCGACAGAGUUUCAACAGUUGGAGGAACCAAUAGAGUUUCAAAAACAGAACAAUCAAUUCAUAGAGGAGCCUUGUUACACAGAGGGUCCACAGGAAGCAGAGCCCCGGUGUGAAAUGGAGUGCGAGGCCCCAGUUCAUAUAGAGCCGGAGAAAUUGGAGGAACCUGUUUGUGAACCUCCGUGCUUUAUACAAAAACUCAAAAGCAGGGAGGUUCCGGAAGGAAGUAAAGUCCAGUUGGAUUGCAUUGUCAGAGGAAUUCCUGCACCUGAAGUUCGGUGGUUUUGUGAGGCUAAAGAGCUUGAAAACAGUCCUGAUAUUCAGAUUAUCAGUAACGGGGAGCGGCACUCUCUGAUCAUUGCCGAAGCGUUUGAAGAAGACACGGGCAGAUACUCGUGCUUUGCCUCCAACUUUUACGGCACAGACUCCACGUCUGCAGAAAUCUAUAUUGAGGGUGCCUCUUCAUCGGAUUCCGAUGGGGAAUAUCUUCAAGCAGAACUUCAGAAAAGAUCUUCUCUACCCAAGCCCCCAGCUACUUCAGCAGUCUCAGUAGCACCUAACACAUCAGUUGAAGACUCCACACCAACCAUAACAUCCUCCUGCCCUGACCAGACAGCACCUUUAGCAGUCACUGAAGCUGCACCACCUACCCAGCUGACCUUUGACCCACCUCCUAAGCAAGAAGAUCUAGGACUUUUAGGUUCUGAGAUUGUCAGCUCUGAAAUUCCUGAACUAGAACCAACCAUAUCUGUUCUAAUGCAACCAACACCAAUAUCUCAGCCCACCCCACCCACUACACCAUUGGCCGUAGCGCCACCAUCACCUCCAUCAACUCAAAGCAUCUCUAAUAUACUGUCAACAUCUCAACAGAGCAUUACUGAGAAUCAAAAUGGCAGCAGUAGUUAUCUUCAAGACUUCGAUGUAAGGCCCAUAAUGGCAGCUCCUGUUUUUACUAAGAACCUCCAGGAUGUCCUGGCUCUCGAGGGUCAGCUGGUAGUGUUGGAGUGUAGAGUGAAAGGCAUUCCCUCCCCAAAAGUGGACUGGUACAGGGAGGGAACACUGAUUGAAGAUUCUCCAGACUUCAGGAUUCUCCAAAAGAAACCCAGGUCCCUGGCUGAAUCGGAGGAGAUAUGCACUUUGGUUAUUGCAGAGGUCUUUCCAGAGGAUUCUGGAAUGUUUACUUGCACAGCCAGCAAUAAAUAUGGUACAGUCUCAAGUGUUGCAGUGCUCAGGGUGAAAGGACACAAUAAUAACAGCAUUGACUCCAAAACUACAAGCACCUUAACAGUGGAGUCCUCCCACGAGAAGGUUCUGGCAAUAGACCUCAGAACAUUGUCUUCAAAGUGUAAGCCAGACGUUCCUCUGGUAAACAACAAGCUUCAUUCAAGUAUGAUUUGUCUUGACCCUCUGAGCUCUGGCUCUUUGCAGUCAGACCCUUUGGAUACUGGAGCACUUCGGAAUGACUCCCUAAAUUCUUUCAUACUUCACCAGGACCUUGCCACUAGCCUACCAAGUCUAAACCCUUUGAGCACUGGAAAAUAUCACUCAGAUACUUUCAGGUGUAGUUUACCUCAGCUAGACCCCCUCAGCUUCAGUUCUGGUCUUGACCCAUUGAACUCUGUCUUAAACCACAAGCCUCUCAGCUCUAGAACAACACACUUUGAUUCGGGUGGGUCUGGUUUGAAGGCCUCUACGGAAGCUACCCCAAGUCCACUCAAUGGAUUAUCCUCCAACAUCACUCUGAGCUCUGAAAUGGAUGCUUGGUUUGAACCAUCACAGAACAUUCAGUUUGGGGCAAGCACCUCUGUUAUUAGUCCACCACCAUUAAAAACCAGUAACCACCAAGAGAAUCUGCCUUCUAAACCCCUACCAGAUCCCCCAGCCUCUUGCCUGAAGACUAAACCCGAGGGUGUGUUAGUGGAUCACAAUGAGCCUCGCUCCUGUUCUCGAGUGGGCCUCCGUGUGACCUUUAAACUCCCAGAAGAUGAAGAAGAGAAUGAUAAGUCAAAUUUGUCCAGCAAAGAUCCGCCACCAGUGUUGGCUAAACCAAAAUUAGAUCCAGUGCAGCUUCAGAUCCUCCACAACCAGGUGAUUUUGGAACAACAGCAGGAGAGUGUCUCCCCGAGCCAGGAGUCCCCACUUUUAGAUAAAACAAUUUCUGAGCCACAGUCUGUCACAACAAUUCACCCUCCUACAAAUUCAGUGGUGUCACAACUCAGAACGCCUUCUCUUGUAAUGAACUCUCAUCCAAUUCCACAGAUGAUCACUGGACCUGUACCUUUACUGCCAGCAGCACCUGCUCCUAUACUAAAACAUGUACCUAUAUCCCAACAGAACAUGGCUGUGCCUAAUUCCAUACCCUUUCCCCAACUCAGUCCAUCAGCUCCAACCUUACAUAACAACCCUCCUAUACCUCAAAAUCUGGUCCCUGCUACUUUGUUAAAUACUCUUCCAUCCAGUGUGUUUCUCUCUACCCUAAUAACCCAAUCGACUGUGGCACCCACCGCCCAUCUUUUGAAUAUGGGGUCAAUCUCGUCAGUGCCCCAACUCAAUGUGGCUUCAGGAGCAAAUGUGACCCCUAUGCCAAGUGUGAUGCCUACCACCCCAAUAAUUCAACCAACAGCAGCUCCCAACAUGCAUAUGCCUCAACCAAAUUUUAGAUCUACUAUUGCCAUGCCUCAGCCACAUGUAGGACAUACAAUACCCUUGCCUCAACUCAUUGCUUCCACCACCCAACCAAACACCAACCAUAUGGCUAGUAUGCCACCAAUUACUCCCUCUACUCAUGUAUCGCAAAUAAACAUGACUCCUACCUUGCAGAUGAACUCUGUCCCCAUUAAUGGAAUAGACAAAACUGUUGCCAAAACACAGCAACUGGUUACACCUGAUUCUACAACUGUUAGCAGCACAGCAGCCAAGUUAUGCACCACCUCAUUUACUCAUCCCAAUGUGCCUCCAUUGUUAAUACAAGACACUAAUUCUAAAAGAAUGUCCUAUGCACCUCUGAGUAAUGUAUCCUCACCUCAUCUGAUGAGUAACCCACCUGCACCUAUCCCGAGUCCAGUGUCUCCACCGCCACUGAACACCACCCUGCCUCCACUGCCCAGUAAGUUUCCAAUUUCCACCCAGAGCUUCAGCUACACCAGGCCAAAGGAAUUCAUUGCUGCCCAGACUCUGUCUCCUCUCAGGAGUCCUUCUCCAACUGAGUCCCCAGUCCCAAUGCUCCAUGAGUUAGCUGCACAGAUAUUCCCAAAGUCAACAAGAGAGCUUAUGUCACCUGUUAACCAGUUCACCCCAUCCCCAAAAAAGUUACCUACAAGGGUUCUGAAAUCUCCUAGCAGCCCUCCUGCAUAUGUGUCCUCACCACCUCUAUUUCCUCCAGGCCUUGUGAACUCAGUGUUUGCUUUUAGAACCCAGUCACCACCGCAAGCAUCUUCACCAACCUCAAGCAGCUCUACACCCAGCCCAAUCCAAAACCCAGUUGCCUUCCUGAGUUCUGUCCUACCCUCACUGCCAACAUCUCCUCUAACCAAUGCCAUGGGACUGCCGAAGAGUGCCCCUCUCAGGCCUCAAGGCGCACUGCAGAAGAAUCAAAGAGCUCCCAGACCCAUGUCCGAAUACGAUAUCCGAGACAGCAGGGAAACCCUCUUACAAGAUAUUGAGAGGAAGCUGCAAAAUAAAGAUGAGCCACUUCGUUUUGGACAGCAGAAGCCGAGUUAUGGGGGGGAAGUGAGCGGACAGCUCGGACCAAACAUUCCCAUCGCAACUGUCAUUAACUAUCAUGAGGAAUACAAGGUGUCAAGUUUCGAGCAGAGGCUGCUGAGUGAGAUCGAGUUUCGCUUAGAAAGAACUCCAGUUGAAGAAUCUGAUGAUGAUGUUCAACAUGAUGCAAUUCCCACAGGAAAAUGUAUCGCUCCUAUAUUUGAGAGGAAACUGAAACAUUUCAGAGCUAUGGAAGGAGUUCCUGUCACAUUUACCUGUAAAGUUGUUGGAAUUCCAGUACCUAAGGUGUACUGGUUUAAGGAUGGAAAACAGAUUUUGAAGAAGAAUGAUCAUUAUAAGAAAAUCAGAGAGGGUGACGGCACGUGUUCUUUACACAUACAAGCCACUACAAGCGACGAUGACGGAAAUUACACCGUCAUGGCAGCAAAUCCACAGGGCCGGAUAAGCUGUUCUGGCCAUUUGAUCGUCCAAACGGGUCCCGUACGAAACCGCCCCAUGGUGCACUCACAGAGAGUGCGAGCGCGUGUGCAGGAGGUUGAGGGGGAGCCCGUUCAAGAGCGAUUCUUUCGUCCGCACUUUCUUCAGGCUCCAGGAGACAUGUUGGCGCACGAGGGUCAGCUCUGUCGGUUAGACUGCAAGGUGAGUGGAUUACCCCAUCCUGAAAUCAUGUGGUUACUGAACGGGAGACCGAUAUAUCCAGAUGUGACUCAUCGAAUGCUAGUGAGAGAGAAUGGGGUUCAUUCUCUAGUGAUUGACCCGCUGACUCAAGCCGAUGAUGGCACGUACACCUGCAUCGCCUCAAAUAAAGCCGGACAGUGCUCAUUCUGCCUUGAGCUCAAAGUCGUGGAGAAAGAAAUGAAGCAGGCUCCCCAUUUCGUGGAAAAGCUGCAGAAUACGGGCAUCGCAGAGGGCGCUCCGGUCCGUUUAGAGUGCCGAGUCCUGGGAAUGCCACAGCCGCUCAUUUACUGGAAGAAAGACAACGACACAAUCUCUCACUCAAAGGACAGAAUCAGCAUGCAUCAAGACACUACAGGAUAUGUUUGUUUGCUAAUUCAACCAACCAGAAAAGAGGACGCUGGCUGGUACACGGUGUCUGCAAAAAAUGAGGCUGGCAUCAUAUCAUGCACGGCCAGAUUAGACAUUUACGCUCAGUGGCAUCAACACGUCCAUCCACCCAUGAAGAAAACACAACUCACUGGAAGUUUCUACGCAGCUCUCACUGGUCAAGGUCUGGAUAUAAUGUCCGCCUUUCCAACGGGUGACAACGGCCCUGUCACGUUCACGGCCCCUCAGUCCAAACCUACAACAGAGUGUGAGGAACUGUAAAAUCUUGCAGGGUUAUGAUGGUGCACAAAUACGUUAAAGGCACUACAUUUAUAUUACAGGGAUACUGUAUGUUCAGCAGUUGGCAUAUAAUGGCAGAUAAUGUCGUUUCUUUUUUUCCUCCCUGCAUUUUCUUAAUAUUAACAGUAUUUGCACAUGCAUUUUCAUUUAAUAACCACUGAAAUCGUGCCAUCUUGAGGCAUUGGGCAUAACAUGCCAGUAUGUUCUGCUCUUUGAUGUUUGUUUCUCACUUGUUUUGCAGUUUCGCCAUCCAUAUUGCACAUGCAUAUAAUACAAUUGUGUAUUGUUAUUCAUAUGUUUUCCUUGUUAUUCAGGCUGUGUGUCUAUUGCAUUGCCAACUCUAAAUAAUAGCUUUAGAAAGUUUCAGGUUUUGCAAAGUACAGCUGAAUAUAGAUAUUUACUUCAUUUUUGUAAAUGACUGUGCUAGCUAUUUUAAAUCGGUCCCUUUACACCAAACAAUACUAGUGUUGUUAUGCGAGCUGACUUGCCUCUCCUUGCAAGAUCGUAAGUAGGGGACUAUCUCCCAAUAGAAAUGAGCCGUAUGUUCAGCACGUCAUUGCAUAAGGGCCAACGUCCUGUAUUUUAGAAUAUCUAGUAACUAAUGUCCCGUAUCUUGUCUAUUGCUCAUUAUUUUUAGUGUAGAUAUGACAGAAUCUCUUUAAGCUUUUUUUUUUAUAAAAAGUGUAAUGCACAGUCAUGCACACAUUCAUAAGUCAAUUCUACUUUAGAAAUAACGAAUAGGAGUUUCACUGGUUCUUUGAACUUCAUGCCAACGCAACCCGUUCAUGUAAAACCUUGUGUAUCAUUGCACUUCUUUUAAACAAAAUUAUGCUUUGCAUUUCCAUCACUGGGUGAUUUGAUCCGAGCGGUUAAAAUAUUAUCAAAUCAAUUGCUAUUAAGUGUUACGUGAGAAUGGGGAAAUAGGAGCCUCAACAUUCUGCUGUGCCUCAUGGAAAGAAAUCAGUGUUUUGAAAUGUUUACUGCUGCUUGAUGUAAUUCUCUAUAGACCGAGCAACAUGAUCCAAUCAGAGAUAUUUGACUAGAUAUUAUAUAGCUGUUGUGGAAGUUUACAAAGACUUUGAUAUGAUACAGUAUAUUGUUAUACAACCGAUAGAAUGAUUAAAUGCAAAUACAUAUGUUGUGAUAAAUGUAU